CGUCAUCUUCAAUGUAAUCCUUUAAUCAAAGGUGUACUUACGUCAAUUUAGUCUACCUAUAAAUAUACAGUGUAAGUUGGUAAUUGUUAAGAAUCGACGUUAAAAAACCUGAUCUCAGUUUUUUUUUAACUUCAAUUCACACCAAAUUAGUUUUGGUGUUAAGCUUUUGUGCGUUUUGUGAUCCGGUGUGCCUGGAUUUCUCGCCCUUUCUUCCCCACUAUUGCUUGUUACCCGAGCCCUGAGAUAUUCUACGGUAGAAAAAUAUAUUUCAACGCUAUCGAGCACGGGUGUAGUAUACUAAGAAAAAAUAUCUCCCUUACGUAAAGUGGAGAUAUAUACGUAAAAAAAAAAAACUCAAAACGCGUCACGCCGGCGUCGUGGGCCUUUGGGGGGGCCUCUCCGCAGCGGCCCCCCAGUACAGGGCCUAAUGCAAGUCUCAGAAACGGCGCUAUUUUAGCUAGAUCUGAAACCGCACCUCUGCCGACACCGGCAACCAAACAAAUGAAGAACCCUUCGAGCAUCAUGAGGCAGUCAAGCCUCACCAAACUUGGGUCCAUGAUCAACACGGCCGUUAACAAAAGAAGUGGCAACGGUGAUAUACAGUGGUGCUUCUCACAGGUGAAGGGUACCCUAGAAGACGACGUUACGGAGGCUGAUAUAAUCUCCUGCGUUGAGUUUAACCAUGAUGGCGAUCUUCUCGCAACAGGAGACAAAGGCGGACGAGUCGUCAUUUUCCAGAGAGAUCCUAUUAGUAAAAACAGUAUACCACGUCGCGGAGAGUACAACGUUUAUAGUACCUUCCAAAGCCACGAACCAGAGUUUGAUUACUUAAAAUCUUUAGAAAUAGAAGAAAAAAUUAACAAAAUUAGAUGGCUUAAGAGAAAAAAUCCUGCACACUUCCUACUUUCUACAAACGACAAGACUAUUAAACUAUGGAAAGUCAGUGAACGAGACAAGAGAGUCGAGGGAUAUAACACUAAAGAAGAAAAUGGAUCUAUUAGGGAUCCAGCUUGUAUUACAGCGCUCAGGGUACCCACCAUAAAACCAAUGGAAUUAAUGGUGGAGGCGUCACCGAGACGGAUUUUUGCCAAUGCGCACACGUAUCACAUAAACAGUAUCAGUGUCAAUAGUGACCAGGAGACAUAUCUCAGUGCAGAUGAUCUUAGAAUAAACCUGUGGCAUCUUGAAAUCACCGAUCAGAGUUUCAAUAUCGUAGAUAUUAAGCCGACGAAUAUGGAAGAGCUGACAGAAGUGAUAACUGCCGCUGAAUUCCAUCCAGUUGAGUGCAACUUAUUAGUUUACAGCAGUAGCAAAGGAACAAUCAGGCUGUGUGAUAUGAGGGCUGCUGCCCUAUGUGAUCGACAUAGCAAACUUUUUGAAGAACCAGAAGAUCCGACAAAUAGAAGCUUUUUCUCAGAAAUCAUAUCGUCAAUUAGUGACGUAAAAUUAAGCAACUCUGGCAGGUAUAUGAUUAGCAGAGACUACCUCAGUGUCAAAGUUUGGGACCUACACAUGGAGACUAAGCCCAUCGAGUGUUAUCACGUGCACGAUUACCUGAGAUCAAAACUCUGUUCGUUGUACGAGAAUGACUGCAUUUUUGACAAAUUCGAAUGUUGUUGGAGUGGAAACGACUCGGCAAUCAUGACCGGUUCUUAUAACAAUUUCUUCAGAGUAUUUGAUCGCUCUACAAAACGAGAUCUUACUUUAGAAGCUGCCCGUGAUAUCGCUAAGCCUAAAACACUGCUCAAACCACGAAAGGUAUGCACAGGUGGUAAACGCAAAAAAGAUGAAAUUAGUGUAGAUUGUUUGGACUUUAAUAAAAAAAUUCUACAUACCGCAUGGCAUCCGUCUGAAAAUGUUGUUGCUGUAGCAGCUACCAACAAUCUCUUUCUAUUUCAAGACAAACUUUAGCACAUCUGUAUGCAGAUAACACAACGCUACAUAAUGACGUGAAAAUAUCAUGUGGGACCGACUAAGGAGCAGUGUGUAUGGCUGAUAGCACGAAGAUAACGCAGACGAAAGUUGACUCGCCUUGCCGAUCGUCGACCGACUGAUGAAGGAUGUACGCAGGGAACAUCCAUCCACACGCACUUAUAACACACAAAAAAAAACAAGAAAAAAUUAUUAAAACAAAAAAAAAAAUGAAUGAAAUAAACCAUCGUACACCUAGCUCCAAGUGUCUACCAAGCUGCUAGCUCAAAACACAGAUUUGAACGACGAUGUAAAGUGAACUUCAUAUUCAACCUGUCAUUUGUCUUCGAUGAGCGGUUACGUUCGAACAUAAACUAUCGGGUCUUUUUUUGAAUCGCUAAAUUGCAAAAAUGCUCAGUAUAUCACUUUUAUUAUUCAGAUUUCUUCGUUACAUGAUGGAUUUCUUUUGGAAUAUUAUGAUUCAUUUUUUUUCUUCCAACGCAACCGUUUCAUGGGCAGUUCGGUAGAUCCUUCGCCUGUGCAUCAAAAACGCUGUAGAAACAUUCGUCAAUCCAUUUAUUUUAUUUUAUUUCUAAUGUUAUUUUAUUGUUACUAUUGCUAUUAUUAUUAUUAUUAUUAUUAUUAUUAUUAUUAUUAUUAUUAUUAUUACUACUACUACUACUGCUACUGCUACUGCUACUACUGCUACUACUACUACUACUACUACUACUACUACUACUACUACUACUACUAUUAUGCUAUUGCUAUUGUUAUUACUAUUACUAUUACUAUUACCACCAAUCAUUUCUGUUAUUUGAACGAUGAUUAUGAGGUACGAAUCUGGAUAACUUUAUCUUGAAGUAUUUAGCUAGUUUUGGAGAAAUUAACGUUCAGAUAUUUGUUGAAUAAAUUUUGGAUAUCAAUCAUCUUUCAGGUUUUGCCCAUGCAUCGAAAUGGGAUCAUCGUCUACUUUCUGGUUUCCUGUUACCGAAUUUAUUCUCCGCGAAAUAAUUAAUUUUAUAUUCAUACAAUAAUGGAAUUAAAUGACCUAUCGUAUUGGGUAUAGGUUUUUUUUUUUCAUUAUUUUUUGUUCAAAUUUCUAUUUUGAUAUCAAAAACCGUCGUUUAAACUAUGGACUUACGGUAUCCCGUUGUAGUAGCCGCUUAUUGCUUAAAUUCAGAAUUUAAUCUAUUGACUUCUUCCAGCUACAAGAUGAAGGUAUACUAACACAAUGCUACCAAGAGAAAAACUUGAAAAAUCAUGCUACUGAAUAUUUUGAUUGGGCAAUUUAUCAUUGAAUUUAAUGAAUGACGCACACUUGAAGAUGGGCAUUCGAUAACACGAAAUACAUGUAUAUACAGCGCUGUGUAUAUGUACCUAUACAGGGACAAAACCUGGAAACUGGCCACUCCGUGCGCCUGAGUAGCGUUACCUUAACGUACGCGUCGUAUGGAGUAGCCAGUUUCCACAGAGUGUCCUUGUAUGUAUGAAAAUAUUCAAUAAUAUGUAUGUAUAUCUAUAGAAUCAACGCAUAGCACACCAAGGCACCGAUGAUUUUUUAAGAAAAAAUGAAGAAGUACAUCAAGCAUAAUGAUAUAAGAGAGAGAAAAAAGAAGGACAGAGAAAUGACUAUAAAAUAUGCAUUGAUAUUUAUUGAACUUAAUAACACACUGAUUAAAGACACACGUACUGCACUUGACAUGAGUAAGCUGGGCUUGCAAAUGAGAAGAAAGAGUAUUGUGUAUGAUAGAAUGGUUCCUAGGUUCACGAUAUGAUGUGUUACAUCAUUGGAUAAAGCGUUUCAGUGAAUUCGCUGAACGUUGUAAGCUUGCGGAAAUAAGAUACAAAAAAUAUUUUGUAAAAAAAACCAAUUGAUUGAAUUGUAAAUUUUUUUUGAUGUGAUUGUAAUUUCUCCUACGAGAUACAACUCGUUUACGUUUACCAAUUUUUAUUUUAUAAUCUAGACAAUUCGGUACGCCGAAUUGAUCAAGAGAAUUCAGGAAUCUAACAACCCUCGUAAUUUAUUUUUCGAAACAAACCGUCAAUCCAAACUAGACCUUUAAAGUUUACCAGACGGAUCGAAGACCUAUAUUAAACGAACUUUUUUUACUAAAUCAGUUUUACUAAAUGGCAUAAUAAGUUCCAUUUUUUUCAUUAGACUUUCUUAUUCUUUUGGUUUAUAGGUAUAAUAGUAACAGUAAGGAGAAGAAAAAUUAAAAUUCUAAUGAUUUGCUAAGUAUUUGGAAAUUUUAUCCAGCAAACAACGAUCUAGACAUUUUUGCCAAUCAUCGUAUUUACGAUACAUCUCUGAUUUCUUACAUUAAAAAAUGUAAAUUUCUUCAAAGCUGAAAAAGUUUGCAUGCCCCGCCCCUACUGCGCUAUAAACCAGUGACAUUGGUAAUUAUUAAUAAUAGUAAUAAUAAUAAUAUCGACAACAACAGAGAAAACGAAUAAUAAUAAUAACAACGAUAACAAUAAUUAAUUGAAGCACUGUAACAGUGAACGUAGAUUACGACAAUGGGUAGUCAUGUAUUGAGAUAAGAAAUCGAACAUACAAAGUACGGAAAUAGUAAUAAAUAAUGAAUAAUAAUAAUAAUAAGAUGAACAGUAAUCGUAUAAUAAUAAUAAUGAAAAUCAUCUGUAAUUCUAAUAAAACUAUCGAUUAGGAUGUUACGAGGCAAAAUCGCAAAACUCACCACAACGUAAGUUGGUGAUGUGCAGCGUUAUUUUUGUAUUAGGUAUUGUUACACUAACAUUUUUCUCUAAUUUUUGUGCUUUUUAAUUUUUUUUUCUCUUUCCUCUUCUUUGUGAACUGCUAUAUAAUGUAUUUAUAUACAUGUAUACGGGUUAGCUACGGUAAAAAUGAUCUGACUGUGGUCGUCUUUAGCCAAAAUGAAUAAUUAGGUAGAUAAUAAGUUCAGUGUAAAAAGUUUUUUUUUUAUCGUCACCUUUUUACUCUGAAAUCAGAUCUAAGAAAGAAAAAAAUAUUAUUUUGUCGCAUCAAAUUUGAUCGAUAGAAUGUCAACUGAAAGAAAGAAAAGGUGGUUCAAGAAAAAAAAAUCAGAGCGGUGUUGCAGGUAGUUUGCGUUGUACACCACGUUGCAAGAUGUGAGACAUUGACAUGUUGAAAAAAAAAACAAUCGUGAAAGUUGUAACGCAGCUAGCUGAAACCUUUUUUGUCUCAUUCUGACUAACAAUUUAUUUCAAUAUACCUCUCAAACUGUGAUGGUGACAGAGAAGUAAAAUGUAUAAUGCAGCAUGUUGUAAAUUCGAUAAAUUUUUACAGAAUAUUUUUAUGAUCACUACUUAGAAUAAUUAAACUAUGAAAAUUUCAUCGGGAUAUUUCGACAACAUAGCAUUAAUAAAAUAAUAUUGGAUGAAAAUUUUUGCAAGUCAGGGUACCAUAAUGAAUUUCAACUUACAAACCGCAACAUGGAAUUAUAAACCGCAAAAGCAUUGCUCUGUAUUUGAGUACUGAAAAAAGCCAUAUACUAAAUCUCAGAACUCCCUUGUAUGUACUUCACGCCGAAUAACGAUGAGAAUGUUCGGCUUUUGGAAGCGAAUAAUAGAUUUAAAAAAACGGAAAUAAACAAAAUAAUAAUGACAUCGUGUAGAAUGAAACAAAUAAACAUGGGCAAAUGUAAUAACUUAUGGCAAAUCUGAAAAGAAUACAGCAAGAUGUCGGUGAUAUUUUGUAAUGUAGUGUUUGAACGAAAGAAGAAAGAAAAAAGAAAUUGAUCAAUAAACACUUGUAAAAAAUUUGAUCCAUUUUGAUUUAUGAGCAUUUAUGGUUUGGUUAUUUUUUUGUCUCAUGAAACAUAUAAUUUGAAAAAAUUUUACUAUCAUCAAGUGAAUAAUUCAAUUCUUGUAUUGAAUUUUUGUUAGCCCUAGAUUUUGUCGAACGUGUUGUCUAGGUGGUGAAUUAGAAAGAGAAUACCCAUUCUGAGCUUUGGCGAGGCUAUUGCUUUAUGAACUCGAAAUAUGAAGUUCAUAAAUACGCACUGAAUUUUUACUUAAUUUCAUUGAGAAUAAAUAACAGCCUCAUUCUUAUGCUGCGAUUAACAAGGGAUAGUGAAUUUGUAAUGCCAGGUGAAUAUCUACUUUAGUAGGGAAUACUGGGAAGAGAUAAUAUAACAAAGUUCGUGCCAUAAAAUAAUGUAUUCUGCCCAACCAGUGGAUAAUGUUGAUAGAAAAUUUUUAAUCAUCUAUAAAUAACGAAUAUUACCGCAAUUGUAAAAUAGAACGUGCAGCAGAAAUGAAGAUUGUGAAUUUAUAGAUGUAUUUUAGAAGCUUCGUUCAUCAGUAUUAGAUAAUUUCAAUGGCAAGGGUGGCUUAAAAAUUGUAUUUUUGGAAACAAAUUGUAAAAAAAUAACUUGAAAGUUAAAAAUCUUAGCUUCAAUGAAUUAUUAUCUUGCAAAAAUGUUUCUGCAAGAAUAACUGUGGCUAUAUUACAUUAUUUGUAUACAUUAUUAUAACUCGUAGUAUUAAAUUAAUAUAAUUGAUUUGAUUAGAACUGUAUUAAUAUUAUACCAGGUGCUCCAAAUAUUUUGUUGUAUGUAUGAAAAUGGCGAAGAAAACUGCCUGAUACUUGAGUAUUACCAUACGAUGAAUAGAUUCCACACCUUACAAUCAGAUGAAUAGCCUGAUCUUUGGGACACUCCGUAAUAAAUUGAUUAUUGCAAUUUUCAAUAUUAUAAGGUAUUAAGAAUUUGAAGGCAGUGUCAAAGUUGAACUGAGAAUUCCUUCUUUUUUAGAUGAAAUAUAGAGAAAAAAUAAAGCAAUGAAAGCGAUGAAGACCUACUUUUAAGUAAAUGACUAAUUUUAAUACGUAAGCAUAAAAAAACAAUGUAUGAUAAUAGGUAACGAAAUGAAGAAGCUGAAAAAGUAAUAUUAGUAAACAAGAACUGUAUAUGUAUAAGAACUUGGUGUACUUUGCAGUGGUUUAUUUCGCUGAUAUUAAUUACAUACAUACACCACGAAAUACAA